UAUGGCUGCGCCCAUGAUUAAAGGAGGAGAAAGAAAUCUCUCGUCUUUGCUGUGAGCGAGGUGUUUAAUUCUUUUCUCCAGCUCCAUUAGAAAAGUCCAAAGAUGGACAAAAUUACUACAUACUUCUGAAAGUGUCCCUAAGACAAGCCAUUUUGGAAUUGCAGUUUGGUUCCUCAUUUCUAAAAGCCUUUCAUAAGAAGAGACUAUGUCUAUUGUGCACCAGCUGUCAUCUGGAUGGCUACUGGAUCAUCUUGCCUUUAUCAAUAACAUUGAUUACCAACUCUGCCAGCACUAUGAACCAGCUUCCAGUAAUGCUGUACCCAUCUCAUCUCCCCACUGUGAUUCUCUUACUGUAACUUCUACAUCUGCUAUUGAACUUUCUGCUACAUCGAUGGCCUCUGAGGCUGCCCCAAAACCAGUGACUGAUGAAAGAAAAAAUGAAGUGUUACUGCAAAAAUAUACAUUUCGAGCUGAACUGUUUCAUGUUACUAAACCCCAUGUGACAGUAGCUGAUUGCACAGCAUUCCAGAAAGGAAAUAAAAUGGAGGCUCAAGAGGAUGGCAGUAUCAAUCAUAAGAAUCAAGAAUGUGUUCAAGACCAAGAUUCUGUUUCUGCUCUUAGGAAGAAAAGGAAAAGAUCUAUUGCAUUCAAUCAAGGUGAACUGGAUGCUAUGGAAUACCAUACAAAAGUCAGGGGCCUGAUUUUGGAUGGCACCACACAAUUAGUCCAAGAAGGCCUGAAAAGUGGUUUUCUUAGCUCACUUUCAGAAAAACUGGACAAUGGUAACAAGACUACUACUCUGGGACUUGAUAGCUGUGGUUUGGCUGAACUAUGUGACAUGGCUAAACGGUUGCCUUUAGUAAAUGAAAAUGAUACAGUACAGUUGAUAGAUGCAGAUGUAUCUGUUCCAGAACAGGAUGUAUUUUCACGAAUUACCCAAAACCGCACAAACUUUACAAAGAUGAUUAUUCUGAUGGGACAGAAAUAUCUGUUGCCACCAAAAAGCAGCUUCCUCUUGUCUGAUCUUUCUUGUAUGCAGCCACUUCUAAAUUAUGGCAAAAAAUAUGAUGUAAUUGUGAUCGAUCCACCAUGGCAGAACAAAUCCGUUAAAAGAAGCAAAAGGUACAAUUAUUUAUCUUCUUGGCAAAUAAAAAAAAUACCUGUCCCCAAACUGGCUGCUCCAAACUGUCUUGUGAUCACUUGGGUCACCAAUCGACAAAAACACCUACAGUUUGUAAAGGAUGAGCUUUAUCCCUGUUGGUCUGUGGAAACACUUACUGAAUGGCACUGGGUGAAAAUCACCAGGUCUGGAGAAUUUGUGUUCCCAUUAGAUUCUCCACACAAAAAGCCUUAUGAAGGUUUAGUACUGGGGAGAAUUCAAGAAAAAACUGUUUUGCCAUUAAGGAACCCGGAGAUGAAAGUACUUCCAAUUCCAGACCACAAAAUAAUUGUCAGUGUUCCCUGUACCCUUCAUUCGCACAAACCACCUCUUACAGAAGUUCUAAGAGACUAUAUCAUGCCAGAUGCCGAAUGUUUGGAGUUGUUUGCUCGAAACUUACAGCCUGGAUGGACUAGCUGGGGAAAUGAAGUUCUUAAAUUUCAGCAUAUUGAUUAUUUCAUUACUCCACAGAUUAGAAACUGACCAUAAUCUUCUGACCAAAGUAACCAUUCUCCUUAUCUCCUCUACUAUCCCCUAAUGUGACCUACUUCAUUGUGCCUUUACUACCAGUCGUACACUUGGAUAUUAAAUAGGAUUCAUAUGUUUUAUGACAAAAUGCAUUGUAGUGACCAGCCUUUUGUAUUCAUUGAGGGUGAGUUUAACUUCCACUUUUAACUCUGCAAGUAACAGGUUAAGAAGAAAAAAAAAAUGGGUUCCUAAUAAUCUCUUGGUCUGUUAAAAAAUGAAUUGUAGACACUUAUCUCUCAGAUACAAUUAUACUUUGAAAAGUGUUCUAGAAACUGCCAAGUGCAUUGAAAUUUAUGCAGUAUUCUUUGUGGUUUUAGAUUGCAUGUCAGGGUUGCUUUUCAGUGCUACUUUCUUUGGACUUAUUUUAAGAAAUA